GGGCGUCCUAUUUUGCUCGGUGCUGUGACAGGGGCCGUAUACUAACGUAAUUUCGUCAUCCUAAUUCUCGUCCGAGUUUUGUUGACGAUUUCUUCGCGGCAUCGCGGCUUCGUAUAUGGCGUACAGGUGUCACGCGCCGAGAUUUGUGAAAGGCUGACGUCACCUUCGUUGCAGAAUCACCCAUGAGUGCAGUGUGAUCAGCCGAACACAGCCCAACACAACAUAGCCUACAACAUAGCAUCGGACGGAGCGACACCUUGCGAGUCCGAUCAUCGUCGGGGCCGCGACCACCGCUACGAUGAGCAUCAAAAUUUUCCAUCUCAGAUGGACACAACAUCCGAUCGAUAUUCUGCCGGACUCGCACUGGCUCUAAACCCGAUGCCCGACACCCAUUCGAGCCGUUCCGAUCUCUGGCGAUAGCGCACGUCCAUGGGACAGGUCCUCAAAAAAGUCAAGGAAGACGCUGAAGGUAACGAAGAUGGUCAUACCGAAGGAUUCCCAGACCUGGCGAGCUGGCCACCGGAGCUGAGCCUGGCCGUCCUGUCGCACCUGAAUGCCACCGACCUCUGCCUCGCCUCCUGCGUCUGGGCGCAGCUGGCCCAGGACGAGGUGCUCUGGCACAGCCUGUGCGUCAGCCAGUGGGGCUAUGCCAGCAUCUAUGCCAUGCCCAAGGAGCCUGGCUUCUCCUACCGUCGCCUCUAUCUGCAGUUGGACGAGGGCACCGUCACUUUCAACGCAGACGCCGAACUGGGGAUGCAGUACUUCAUCAGCCAGCGGCUUGUCAGGGACGUGCCCUUGGAAAUUGCCAGGUUCCUUCAUCACACACAGCUACUCAACUCCCGGCAGAUGCGGCUCUACUUGCAGUCGAGGCGUCAGGUGCUGGACCACCUGAUUGAGCUGCAGAACUUCGAGAACCAGCUGCUGCCGCAGGCCCUGCGCCGCUUCUUCCGCAGCCUGCAGGCUCCCAACACCCAGAACGGAUACCUGAGGGCGCUGCUGGAGAAGUUUUCCCUGCGCUUCUGCAAGUGCAACCCCCACCUGGGGCUCAGCUCAGACAUGGUGUACAUCCUGUGCUUCUCGCUCAUCAUGCUAUCGGUGGACCUGAGCAGUCCACACAUCAAGAACAAAAUGUCCAAGCGAGAGUUCAUCCGCAACGUGCGCCAGGCCGUCCAUCGGGCAGACGACGAGCUCUACGGUCACCUGUACGACGACGUCUACCUCCGAGGCCACGUGGCCCCAAACUCCGAGGACUGAACUGCUCUUUCUUGUCUGUCGUCCUGUCUCGCGACGCUCCCCCGUCGAGUGUCGUCGUUACUCGUGUAGUCUUGCGAGGCCGGGAAGGGAGUGUCCGUGCCCCGUUGCUUCCCCCUAAUGCCCGACUCGCACGGUGUGAAUUUGCUCGCGACUUUGCAGCUGCAACAUUGAGCACUACAGCUUUCACCAUGCUUAGUUUGGUCGCACGAGCGACGUCGCAACUGCAGAAUCGGAAGUAAAAUUGCAUCGUGCGCAUAACCUGGCAGUGGGGCGAAGGUCACGUGUUUGUUGGACUUGUCAUUUGUCGGCCGUAGGCGCGAAACACACGUAAGCAAAAAUUGCUUUGCGUCCCACCGUCGAGCAGCAUAACCAUAGCAACCGCCGCUGACGCUAUGGCGUGUUGCAUGCCGCGCCACCACAUUAGUGUUAGCGACGAUCGCCAUGGUUGCACCGCUCAGCAAUGUGACGCAGCACGAUUUUCGCUCACAAGUGUUUCGCGCUUCAGGCCACACGACUGAGAUUCCCGCCGAUACACUCGCAGGGAUUGCAGUCACGUGGCGCAAGGCCAAAGUUUGAUCGCUCGGGGGAGCGUUUGUAUCUCGCUCCACUGCCAGUUUACCGGCGACAUAGUUGUGGCUUGACUACUGGAAGGAAGAGCGAGCUUAGAAGACCCUGUACAUAAGAGAUCAAAGUGUAAUGCGAGUUUAACUGUUAUUUAUUUGGGGCAGGACGCUCGAAAGGUGUUUCGUGACGUGCGAAUUGUGGACAGAGCUGCUGCAGCACUUAUUUAAAAUCACCUUUUGACAGUUUAUACGAAGGGCCGCAGAAAAUGCCGGCAGCUGUGAUGGAGCGUGACAUUGGGAAUGCCGAAUACUGUUUGAACAACGCCCGACGCAAUUCCUAAAGGAACGACGCUACAUAUUUUAUGCAUGCUCAAAGUAUAACAUACUCCUAGACUUCACGCUGUAGCGCUGCGAAGGUUAUCAAAGUGGACGUUGCAUCCCUUGUAAUCUCGUCACUAUGUACUGUUUGUUGUAAAAAAAAGAAAAGUUCAGCAUCGCCUUGAUUUUGCGGAGACAGUUGCAAUCAAUAUGCCAAAUAUUUUGCGGGUCAAACAAUUUAUAAUGUUAGGGAAUUUCAGCAGAUCGUUCAGACACUUCCAAUAACAGUGUGAUGCACGCACAAAAACGUCGGCGAGUGUCGGAGUUAUCGGAACGACCUACUAUAACUCCCUAUUUUGCCAUUCGUCACAGAAGCUUGGGCAACCGCGUGUAGGCUGCACUUGUUUGUGCAAAACCGUUCUGGUAUAUAUCUAUAUAUAAAAAAUGCAUACAAAAUGCGAUUAAAUUGAAACGGUCUUCGCAACAGGGAGUACGCCGCUAGUCAGAAGAGCAUCUUCGCUACCAUAGCUCGCCAGUCCGAAGCUAGCAACGGUGCGCAAUAACUAUUUAUCGGGUUUCGUUUCGAUGCAAUUCAAGCUGAAAAAAAAAUUAUAUUAAAGUAUCGUUUACCAGAGCA